GGUGUGAACUGUUUGAAGCUAUUUGCUUUAUAUCUUGACAAUUUUUAUAUCAGUCUACAUCAAAUGAUGAAACUGUGCUCAUCUUGCAGAAGCUCUAAUCUGCUGAAUAUUGUUAUAGAUCAACGUCUUAGAAUUGACACCUGUCGAUAUCUAAUCGAGAUUUUAUCGCGUCGCAUAACGGGUGAAUAAAUCGCCUUAAACAAGAAAAACAACAAAACGAUAAAAAUCAUUUAUUAAAUAUUUUUCAAUAAAUUAAUAAAGUAAUUAUUGUGAAGUGUGUGGAAAAAAAUAAAAGGUUCUUAAAAAGAAUUUACUUUUGUGACCAAAAGUGAAACGACAAAAUAAUAGAAAUUCCUUGA